AUGUCGUCUCCCGGAUACGGAGAUGAGAAAUCGCAGGGACGUCCUCGACUGGCGGCUGCUCCGGCCUGCGAAGCAUGUCGCAGGCUGAAGGUAUUCCCCGUCUUUCUGCCCCCGCCCAUCAAGCCAUCGCUAACGACUCAGAUGAAAUGCACCCGAGCAGCCGAAGCACGCGAGAACCCCUUAUCCGAUCCCCUGUCUGAGCCAUGCGACAGGUGUAAACGGACCGAUCGCCCCUGCAAAACCCCCGAGUCACGACCGCUAGGUAGGAGGCGCGGAGCUUUGGGCCGGUAUCGCGGGCUCGAAAAGGCAUACCGAAAGCUGCAGGCGGAGGCGAAAAAGGCUAACAUUCCACAUGACCUCGAUGAAAGGUUUGAUACGAUCCCUUUACACUCCGCCGAGGAAGAGCUGGGAUUCGAUUCUUUCUUGGUGGAUGAACCGUCCGAUCAUCCUCAAAUUAACACGACAACCGACGUGCCGGCGAUCCCCGGAACGCCGGUUCUCGGUCCAGAAGUGAGAAGGCCUAGGACGGCGAUUCAGGAUGAGAAUCAUGGAGACGCGGAAGAUCACAAUACACCGACACACGAACCAAUGAGUAAUCCGCUUGCCCUGCUGGCGUACGCAUCUGAUGCCGCCCAAGCAGCGGAAGCAAGAUCAACUUCCGUGAAUACAUUACCCAGUCCAUCAUCCAGGAGGCAAACAGGUCCCAGAAAAGGGGAAAGCGAGGGGCACCGAUUACUCCACCGACCGGGAUAUGUUUCUUUGGGACUGCAGUUGGACCGAGCAAGUCUCGUGCAGGGUCUGGAUGGCUUGUUGGCCUGCCUUGACGCAGGGCAUCAGUCUCUCGACUACUUUAAGCGAACAAGUGUUCGUCAGCGCGACGUUGGGCCGGACUUAGAUCCGGUCGAGCUGGGGCUCGUUACUAUGGAUGAAGCGAACUACCUGUUCCCAAUAUAUUUCACACGGCUGCACCCAAUUAACGGAAUACUUGACCCAAUGCUCCACACCCCAGAAUUUGUGCGCGCUCGAUCUUCGCUGCUGUUUACCUGGAUUCUUACCCUAACAGCUCUAUUUGAAAAUAACUGUGCUCCAAUUGCAGAGCGCCUGCGAUUGCACGGCGAAAAGCUAUCGAGAUACGUGCAUUCUUGCGGGCUCAAGUCUGUCGAAAUCGUGCAAGGAUACUAUAUCUCGCUCCUGUCUGCUACUCCGGCCAAGACCCUGGCUGAAGAGCGCUCCUGGCUCUACACAAUGUAUGCCAUUGGCGUUGCGACAGACUUGGGCAUGGACCAGGAAGCUGAACAUGAUCGGUCUGAAUUAUCGGAAGAGCAGGAUGAUCAGGGCCUGCAAUCGCCAUUCGCAGGAUCAAAGGGGAGAACUCGACAAUCAAUAGCAGGAACUUUACCUGAAAAUACUGUUUACGAACAGCGACUGCUUCGCAAUCGCGAAAGAACCUGGCUAAGAAUCCUCUUGUGGGACCGAGCAAACAGCGCUGCUUGCGGUCGCAUUCAAAGCUUUCCAGAGACAAAUUUGACUCGGGCGGUUGAAACAUGGUGGUUACAUCCGCUGGCGGAUAUGACGGACAAAUAUACUAGUGCAUUCAUCUGUCUACGGAGGGCACUUGCUUCGCUGCAAGUGGAUUUGAAAAAUAGAUCGCAGGACCCUCAUUCCGAUCCACAUUGGCGCCGAGAACUGGUCGACGCCUCUCUCCACCCCUGGUGCAAUGAAUGGCUCUCUGACCGGGACUAUGGCUUCUCUACUCCAUCACCCGAGCAAGUCUCAAUGAUUUUCCUCCGCUACGUUUACGAGCAUGGACGCCUUUGGACCCUGUCAGUAGCAUUGAGUGACUUGACCUCGCGUGCGCAGGACCUAGAUGCUAUCCGACAAGACUGUUUCGAAAUCGCAAUCAAUUGCUGCGAAACGGCCGUGCGCGACUUGGAUAAGAUCGGAGAACCAUUAUAUUGCAUGUUGGCGCCUACAUGGGCGAUGAUAUCUUACGCAGCCGUUCUAACCCUGAAAAUAUUUCCCGCAUUAUAUGGUCCUCGCACGGGCAGUGACUUGGAGCUGCUUGCCUUAUUGAGCCAGGUAGCUUUGCAACUCCAGCGCGCCGGUACCACGCCACCGCACCGCUUCGGUAUCGCAGCGCUAUUGGGACAACAUCUUAUGAUGAUUCUUCGGGCUAGAGCUGUUGGUAUUGGUGAUGCCGCUUCAUCACAGGUCCAGGAUCAUGGUAUUCGUCACGGCCACGGAAUGGCUGAAUGGCAACCUGUGCAGCCUCAAAUAGCGCAUAGAAGUCCUCUUGUUUCGGAUUGGGAUCCGUUUCUGACACCGGCUAUAUCUGAUCAGAAUGAUUUCGGACCCGAUGGGUUCAAUGAUUUUUUUCGCGAGAUCUUUGGGCCUGGGUUUGGGGAUUUGGUUUAA